AUGAAUAUCAAACAUGUAAAUAUGAUCCUAAUUAGAUCACUCUGCCUCAGUAACAGGAGUUAUAGUUCUGAUUUACAUAUUCUAAUUAUAUAUGAAAUUAUUAGGAGUCCUCCGAACACUGGAAACCAGUCUGAGUGUGUCAGUGAACUUGUGUGUGUGAGUGUGUGUGUGUGUGUCCCCGUUAAAAAAAAAAAAAAAGUUUGUGAAAGUGGAGUGACGUCACACUCCCACAAUGCUUACCGCCCCAUAACUCUGCAGCAGCAGCAGCAGCAGCCUGAGGGGAGCCAGCCGCUCUCAGGCCCAAAUACUACAAGCUCUGAAAAUCUGGAAAAGGCCAAAAUAAAAAAAACUCCGACCGAGCUGAGGAAGCGGCGCGAGGCGGCGGCCGGGGUCUGCCGCGGAGGGAUCGAGGUCCGGGUCCGGGAUGGAAGCGGACCGGGGCUCCAUGUGAAGCGGACUAAUGCGGCGCUGGAAACUUUUUGGUGGGUAAACUGCUCGUUUUUUUUUUUCGCUGUGAGCUCAUAAUGUGGCUGCACGUCCUCCCCUCUAUGUGUGUGUGUGUGUGUAUGUGUGUGUUUGUAAAAGUGUGUGAGAGAGAGUGUGAGUCCGCGCGGUGACACUUGUUAUCAACAUGUCCUCACUGCCCCGCAAACUUUGCGUAAUUGUGCUUGUUUGUGCGGCAGCAGCGUGGACGGAUCCGGGUCUUUAAUCUUUAAUCACGCAUCGCCUCCUCCGCUCGUCGCUCUGCCCGCUCAAAGUGCAGCUAAAGCGGCUCCGCGGAGUCGGUCAGCCCGCUGCACUCUGUCCGCAGGGCCCGCGACGCUCAACUUUAGGCUGGCUGCAACUUUUUCAGCCAUCCGGUGAGUUUGUGGUGAGUUUAGUGAAACGUGUGAGCAGAGGAGGGGGACCGACCAGGUCUGCUGCACGAGGACGGAGAGAGAGUGUGUGUGCGCGUGCAUCAUUCAGAGUGUGUUUGGGAUGUUGUUUAGAGAGUUUGCUCCGGUUAUCUGCAGCCUCAUGUCAUGCUGCUCUCUCUCUCUCUCUCUCUCUCUCUCUCUCUCUCUCUCCCCCUCUCUCUCUCUCUAUGUCGGUGUGUGCUUUUCCUUGGAAGCGGGUAAAUAACAAGCAGGACCCCAGCAGAGGAGGGGUCGGGGUCAGAGAGUGGGGGUGCAGUCUGUGCACUUGUUAUUGAUAGCUGACUCUGCUGCAGGAUUCACGUUUUUUCUUACACUCAGAAAAACUACAAACUACAGAGGAACUGUUAAAGAUCAGAGAGAUGCUUUGUAGCUGCUGUCUGUAGGAUUUAUAAAGUUUGUCUCCACUGGGAGUUUGUGUUGUGUGAUCAUGGAAUUGCAUGUCACUUUCUGAGAUGUUUUAACCUGUUGCUCUGGAGCUGCACACCAUAAAGAGCUGCUGCUGUUUAAGAAUAAGAAUAACUUGAUUGAUCCCAGAAGGAAAAUUUAGUUGUCUGUCGCCUCAUUUCUCAUGUCUCUAAAGCCAUCUACUAUUUAUAAAAGAAUUGUAAAAUGUAUAUUUGUCAAGUUUUUAGUUUAUUUCCCUUUAAUCUGAAAACCUUAUUUAUUCAUUUUUCACAAUCUAAUCCUGCAAGCAAACAAAACACAAACCAUGAAAUACUAUGUUUUCUAUUUGUUUUGUAACACACACACACACACACUUUCUAAUUAGUAACCGCUUUCAAACCCUUCACCCAAUCCCAGGUCACAUAAAGUAAAAAGAAAAAGCAAAGUUAAAUCACAAGUUAGGCUGAAUGUUUCAUAUUUAAUUGACUUGAUUUCAUGAAGCCUUAUAUAACCUCUAGUUUUCUCAGAAUGAGCGCAUGAAUCCACUUUAUUGAUCCACUCACUAACAGCAGGAUCUUCAUGAUGCUGUGUGUCUCAGCAUCACCCUGUAUCAGCUGAUUUGGGGUUUUCAACUGAUGAUGAUGUUGAUAUGUUGAUAUUUGCAGAGCAGAUCAGCUGAUGUCAGAUAGAUAAUCUGCAUUUGAUAAAAUGUGAUAAUGAUAAUAGCUAUUGUUCCAUGAUUAUUAUAAUCUCAUACACAUAUGAGCCAGAAACACAUGCUGGAUGGAUUUUUAAGUAAUUCAUAAACUCAAAGAAACUGACGCUGAACUUUUUAAAAAAUGAUCCUGAAGAUUAAUGUCAGAGGAAACAUCAAACUUUAUUAUUUUGUAAAUCCUAACAGAAUAUAAGUCAAACUUUUCUCAGUGACUGUUAGAUUAUUAGGUGCGAGAUCAUUGAAGGGGAUAAAAAAGCUCCUGAUCAUGUAAAAAUUACAUUAACCUGCCAGUUAAUUCGUCUGUUUUUACCAUUUAAAAUAUCAAAAGUGAAGUGUCUAACUCUUUCAGCUCUCUACUUGUUUGUGACUAAUUCACUUUCACCCUGGUCAAAUCAAAACCUGCAGAUGUAUUUGGUGCUUUAGCUUCCGAAAUGACUGAAACAAUAACUUUAUUUUUAGUUCAUGAACUUUUUAUUUUGAGUCAUUUCAUUCUGAGCCGACUGUUCCAGCAGAUUAAAGAGACAGUCAGUGAUUUUGUAGGAGAUAAAAGUUGCAGCAGUUUUUCCCCAUGUUACUAAUGAAGUGAGAUCUUUAUAACCAGCUUGAGAAAGUUUCUGUUUGUGUUUUUAUAUUUAAGAGAAAAAGUUUAAAGAUAGUUUCUGAUGAAUUUUCUACUGACUAAAAAGUUUUUGAACUGCUAGUUUGAGAUUUAGGGCGACAUUACUGGUAUAUAAAGACAGAAGAAUUGACAGCUUUUACCCUGAUGAUGUUUGAUUCACUGUUUUUUCACCUUUUAUUUAACACGUUUAGUCCUAUUGAGAUCUAUUAAAGGAGCCCUGGCUGAAACAGUCAGCACACAGCACAGUUCAGAGCAUGAAAACAGAGACUGUGCAGGAAAGAGGCAAACAGUUACCUGCUGGUUCACUUUAACUGCUGCAGUUUUACAUUUCAGACAUGCAGCAUGGAGACGGCUGCUGGUUUCCAAAAAGCUGCAGAUUAAUUACAGGUGUAAAAACUCACUGGCUAUCGUCUCUGUUUGCUGGUGUGUUUGAAGAUGCAGCACUUACCCGAAAUGGCAGAUGUGCUCUGCAAACAGGAUAAAAACAUUCAGCUGUUCUUCAUGUUGUGUAGAAAUAAUGAGUCUGGCUUAGGGAGAGUAAAUGCAGUGAUGAGUCUCUAGUGUUGAGAGUGAAUUAGUCUGACUUUCCGACUGUUUCUGAAACUUCUGGUUAAAUUUCAGAAUCACUAAGUGUUACAGGCUCUGCACUGAUCGUUUUCAAUUUUAUUAUAGAGAUACUUCGUAAGGAGGCAGCAGUUAUGGUUUCAGGUCUGAGGUACUGACGGCGCUCCUCUCUGUCUGAUGUUGGAGUUAAAUGUCAGAGCUGCAGAUGAAGAGUGUGUGACAGGGUGCAGGUAGGUUUUCCCCUCUGCAGCGGUAGCAGUUCGGUUUCAGGCUGCUCCAUCAGAGCCUGAAGCUACGUAAUCAGUAAAAGGAAGUGAGUUUGUCACAGGACAAAGUCUUUGUUUCUGCUGCGGCUCAGCAAGUCCAGACCCAUGUGUCUGUGUUUGCUGCUCACUCACUGAGACCAACCUGAGAGCUGAGAAACACUCCAUCACAAUCUCAGAGAGAGGAUCUGCAGCACCUGCUCACAGAGACGUGGAGAGGCGGAUGAACCCGCUGGUGUUUUUAUCAGACUGCAGAGAUCAGAGUUGAGGUUCAACAGAGCAGAGAGCAUGACAGAAACUUGACAGAAGUGUGACUACCGAAAGUUCAGGGUUCAGUCAGUCAACUUUUGUUUCAGGUGAUGUUGAGAGUUGAAGCCCCACACCGCCUCCUGCAGGUAUUUCCUCUCCGCCGCUCUCUGCUCCAGCUUCUUCUCAUUAAUGUCCAUGUGGCGCCUUGCAUCAGUUGCGUGCCCGUGUGGUCGCAGGCAGCACGUUUCAUGUUUGCUAUUGUGAUUGGCCGAAUGUGUGAGAGCGUGCACGCAAGGCCUGUUUGUCAGAGAGUGUGUGUGCGUGUGCACGUGAGCUCCCGGUGUGCGCUUGUGUGUUUGUGAGAGGGAGAGAGGAGCUGUUUUUGAGCCGCAGGGAGGUCCUCUCCCCUGAGAAUCUCCCACAAUGCCUUGCACCUCUGCAGGCAGCGGUGGUGGUGGCAGCAGAGGCGGCGGCGGCGACAGCAGGCUGAUUUCCAUGAGAAAAGAGCAUCAGUUGGGUUAAUGGGGGGGAGCGGCCUCUGAGCGGACAAAUGGUAGUUAAUAACCAGAGAAGAAUCGGAAAAGCUCUGAUCCCUCUCUUUGUACUUCUUCACCUUCGAGAAACAGCCUUCAGAGGGGAUGGAGGGGGAGAAGGGGGAGAGGGAGAUGGGUGAGGGGACACCGGGUUCAUGCUGGAAAAGAUGUUUGUGACUAAAGAGCCGCGAGAAGAUUUUUCUGUUUGUUAUUUUAUCAGGACAGAAAAAAACACUAAAACUGAGAGCCUGAGAACAGGAGCACAUUUACACACAGUAUUUACCCUGAGAGUGUGUGUGUGUGUGUGUGCACUCGCAUGUUUGUGUGUGUUUGAAAGAUGAGCAGAGACAGAUGUAUUUAUUUGUGAUAUUUGAGGUUUCACGCAGGAGCUGCAGAGAAAAGAGAGACGGAUGAAAAAUCAGAGCAGAAGGGAGAUGGAGCUGUACAGGUGUAAAAUCAGUGGUUUUAAUUGUUCGGUGUUUGCAGCAAAAUUAAAAUCCUGCACGUGGACACAAUAAACGAUCGGUGAAGAAAUCAGGAUUAAACUCCUUAAAAUGUGGUGAAAUUAAAUUUACAUGCAGAAAACUUCAAAUAAAGUGUAAAAAAAAGAUUUUUCCCCCUCAUAUAAAAUUGUUUAAAUCCUGUUUGUAUUCUGACAUUUAUAGAUAAACAUCUGAGUUGUAUCUGCUAUAGUUUAUUGUGUUAACUCCUAAAUCUGAAUUUUUCCGUCUGUGCUGCUGAAUGUUUGUCAGACUGUUUUAGCUCAGACUGUAAAAUCCACCUUAUGUAACCGCUGAAAAACAAAAUAUCACAUUCUUCUUGUAAGAAAUGAAAAGUUUUAUUCAUAAGCCAUAAAAAUCUCUGUUGCUCAACUUACUUCAGUCCUGGACUUUAUGCUACCAUGGGCCUUACGGCCUGCCCAGCAUGAGCAGCAGCUCAUGGUGGCUAAUGUUAGCAUAGCUUUAUGAAGUAACAACAAUGACAGUGACGUGGACAACAACAACAGUGACAACAAUGAUAACAACAAUUAAUAACAAAAUGACAUUAAUAACAAUAAUAUUAACAAUUUCAAUAACACAGUAAUAAUAAUAACACUAUAACAAUGGUAAUCAUAAAAAAAUAAUAACAUUGAUAAUAAAAACAACAGCAAAAACAACAAUAAUAAAAAUAACAAUAAUUAGAAUCUGAACACUUAAUUUAUAGAAAACAAAAAAUCCUAACAAUAACAAUAAUGUAAGAACAAUUAUGUUUAUGAUGAUGAAAUGGGGUUUUAAAGUGUGCUACACGUGAAAAAAGCUAAUAAAAGAGAAAAAUGAGGAAUUCAACAACUUAAACUUUAUAAUACCCUGACAAAAAAAGAAUAUAGAUAAAAAGAAUGAACCAAUGAAUAAAUAGAAAUAGAUUAAGAAGUGUAAAAUAAUUAAAAGGUCAUUAAAAUCAGAGAAAAUUAAUUUACAAAGACUAACUUGAGUAGACUUAAACAGUGAGGAGUUAAAACAUGAGAGCCUAUAGUACAGAAAUGGGAAUAAAAUAAAACAUUGAACAAAAAAUAUAAAGAUAAAUAAAGCAAAUAAAAAAUGAUAAAAAAACACAAAAAUAAUAAAACAAAAUCAAACAAAUUUAGAAGAAAAAAAAACAACCAAACGUAAAUGCUCAAACAGAUAUGAUAGACAAAUUUCUUGAUGUUUUGACUGCUUGAAACUGGAAUCAAGUGUUUUAUAAGGAUUUAAAGUCACAUUCAGGUGACAUCUGCUGUGUAUGUAUGUAUGUAUAUAUAUUUUAAAGAGUUUCAAAGAUGAUUAUGGAUAUAAAUCUUAUACUGCUGGUAAAGGGGGUGUAAAGUAGACUCUAACUGAUCCCCCUACCUAACUCAAAGGUAAUUACUGUUUUAAGGCUAAACCUUCAUUUAUGGACAGAGUUUUUAUUUAAACUGUUAUAUGUACAGGUAAAAUAUAGCCCCUCUGAUUGGAUGGUUGUUAGUGUUACCAUGACUACAGACUCAGAUCCUCAUGCAGCAGAUUCAACAUCAGAGAAAACAUUUGAAUAAUCAGUAAAGUGAAACUCUUGGCAAAUUUAAUCAUCAUUUAACUGAACAUUUCCUCUGAAGGGAGGUCGGUAGGGACAUUUUCAGCUAAUUUAUCCUCAUUCAAAUUCAAUUAAACAUUUAAACUCACAAUAACUUCAGACAACAUGAGCAUGUUUUCUGCAGGAAUGUAAGUGUUGACUGUUGACCCCCCUCAGUUUACCGUCUGAGAUUUGACGUUGAAACACUUUUAGAAAUAAACUUCAGACUCUGCUGCUGUUGCCACUUUUGCUCUUGUUUUUUCCUCAGUACUUUAGAGAUGCUCUCUUCAGCUCUUCAGCUCUGCAGUUAAUAAAUGUUAUCAAGAGGUUUAGACCAAUCAGAAUCAAGUAUUUGUAGCAGGUGGGUAACAUCACUGCGCAACAGGUGGAGCGUCAGGCUCUGUUACUGAUUCUUGAGUUGUAAUUCCUUCACUGCUGACCUUGUCUCCACAUUGCGACACUCCUCCUCCUCCUCCUUUCCAUCUUCAUCUCUGAUGUGAGCAGAGUUUCUGCGCAGCAGGGUCUCUAUAGAAACUGUGGGUAGAGGGGAGCUGUCUGAACUCAUCUCCAGCAAAAAUAUAUGUUCACAUUUGCAGAGGUGAUGUAAUUACCUCAGCAUGAAUGUAAACGUGAGAUCAGCUGAGAUGAGAUGUUGCUUCAGCUGAAGUGUUUAAAUGAACAGCAGAAAGUAGGGCAUUUAGAACAUGCUUCUUCUUUGUAUGUCUUCUCAGGCAUUGUGUUGAACUUUGCUGAAUCAUUAUCUUAAGCCAAACUUCCAUUCACCUGCUGCAGUCGGCCAUGAUCCUCCUCCCACAGUGACACAGACAUAUACUGUAUCCACUGUAUCCACAACAUCGUCUGUGGACUGUAAACUUCUCACUCAGGCUCAUCCUGGAAGAGUCAUGUUGUUGUUCAGAUCUGUAAAGUAGGGCUGAAAAUCACAAACCUAAUCGAUCCAUGAAUCUCUGACAUGUUGGAGUCAUCCACAAACUAAGGAUGGUGUUUAAACAUGAACACAUUAUUAGUAAACAUGCACCGAUAAAUCAGCCGGCCGAUCGAUCAGCACAGAUUUCCUCAAUUUUGGGGGAUCAGUGAUCGGCUGAUCCUUCCAUAUGAAACCAAUUUUGUCCACCAAUCUUAUCUACCUCAGCAAAGGUCUGAAAGUCAGCUGGUUGUAGCUUUUUGCUUUGCCAGAAUGACAGACCCGCCCACCAGGUCAAGUGUGUUCGCACAGUUAUCCAGAGCAUGAUCAACCAAGCAAGUUGAACCCACUACAAGGCAACCUAAAACUCAGGACAGUCAAUUGGUGGUUUAAGUUGUGUUGUUAGUUUGUCCUGUAGAUGAUUAUUUUACUAACUUCCUCAAAUCUUGUGAUUUCCUUUAUUUGCAAAAGCAAAAUACUGCUGUGCACUUUAUUUUGGUAUGAGGCUCAAAACAAGCCUGCAAUGUGACCUGUUGCACAGGUAUUGUUAAUUUUUUAAAUGUGGGAAAUAAAAACACUAAAGGAACUGAUAUAAUUUAGUCGUUUGAACAGCAAUAUUCUAAACUUUUCAUUUAUAUUUAGGAGAACUACCUUGUGCAGUUAAAAAAAACACAAAAAUUGUAUUGUUUCAAGUAUUGUUCAAUGUUUUUCAUAAAAUAAGAUUGGAGCAUCGAAGGUGCAUGUUGUCAGCUAGAAAAAAGAAUUGCUCAAAAUCAAGCUUUUUAAAAAUCUGUGAUUGGCCAGAAAAUUGUGAUCGGUGCACCCCUAAUUAUUAGAUCUCUUACUGUACGAGGUCAGAUAUCGGCAGGAUCUCACUGAGGCUAAUGUUCAAUUACAGAUUCAUAAUAAUUAUUGUUCUUUUACUGACACUGAAUCACUUUGUUCAUUUUAAAUAUAAAGCUGCUGCACUGUGCUCACUGCUGCUAUCAUCCUCCCAGCUCUACCAGGAGCUAAAGUUAGAAAAUUAUCAGUCAAACACAUCUGUCAGCCUUGCUGCCUGUCCUCAGAUUAGCAGCUUUGAUGUGUCCUGCCGUUUUAUGUGGUCUGAUAUCAACAGGAGCUCAAAGUGGAUAACUUUGGUCAUUUCUCUGCAGAUAUUACAGUUUAAAUGACUCAGAAAAUAAAACAGAUGAGGUGAAAAAUAGAGGCUGCUGAGGUGUAUGCUCAUGUUUAUAGUGUGAGGUGACCAAUAUUGUCUCUCUUCCUGUAAGGAUUUAACGCGUUUGUUAAAAAUACUGAAGACAUGAUGUAGUUUCAGCUCAGUCUGCAGACAGUUCAAAAUUCAAGGAGAGUUUAAACUUCAAAAUAAGUUUUAGAUUGCAGCAGCUAAUCAAACUUUCAGAGCUAAACAUGUCAUUAUUCAAAGCUGCCACAGAGCUGCCAUAUCAGUAUCAGUUUGUUAUCGGGUAAUGAUAUGAUUGGUUUGAAAGUGCUUUGAGACUUGAAUUGAAAAAGUAAUGCAGAUGGUUAAGUAACAUGUGGAGAAAUACUCAGUGUAAAGCGCACUUAAACUGAGCUAGGUACUUGGGACAGAGCCUUUGAAGGUUAGCCAAAUUAUGUGGCAGGCUGUGGCCUAGCUAGUGUGCUGCUUCUCCAUACAGUUUCUCAUUGAGGGGUACGAGCUGACCGAAAUGUGACUAAUACUUUUAAGAGAUAUGUAACUCAUACAGCCUGAGUUCAGCUUAGCGCUGGGCGAUAUGGCCUCAAAUCAAUAUCACAAUAUAUUGAUUGAAUGAUUAAUGGACAAUAACUACUCCACAAGCUGCUUACCCCCUACCACAUUAACUUUGUCUACUUCAGCCUCCGCUCCAGCCGCUACAACUUUUGAACCGUCCUCCAUCUGCUCACCUGUCUUUCCCUCUUUGUUACAGACUGGAUGUUCAAGGGACAUGAGACCAUAGUCUACAUACACACAUCUGAAACCAACUUUUAUUUAUUUAUGUUUUUGACACUAAAUAUAUUGACAUGAGCAAAAUAACGUUGGCUGUUGUAAAUUUCAGUAUUGGUAAAUUUUUGGUUUAUCGCCCAGCCCUACUUCAGAAAUAGUGAAAUAUCCCUCUAACACAGCUUACCUGCUGCCAGUUUGAGUUAUAAGAUGUUUUAUCCAGUCAAAGUUCACCUGAAGCUCAAAUCAAAAGCUCUGCAAGUGACGUGGAUCACCAAACAACUGACCUGGACACAACUUCAAAUUAAAAGCGCUGCGUAAAAACAAAAACCUUUUCUCCACGAAAAACAAAACAAACAAACAAACAAAAAAAACAGAGGAAGCUUUGGCUUUAAAAGGAAUUCGGGUAGUGUUCGAUGUUUUUCCAUGCUUGUGACACAAACACGGUUAAUUCCACCAUCACUGUCAUUUUUCAGUUUUGGUCGAGAUCUUUGCACAGUUAGCAGAAAAAAGUCAGCAGGCUUUCCUCUCUGUAGAAUUUCACCACACAAGAUAGACGCCAUCUGCUCGCGCUGUUUUGAAGCUGUCAUGCAGACAACACACUUCCUGCAUGAACUGCCAGGGUAGAGUUGGCUUUGAAAAAAUGGGCAAGAUCAGAGUUUAUUGUACCAAAUUGUUCCAAACUGGUCUGAACCACUUGGUGGAAACACACCAGUAGAAACCAGGAACAACAGGAUGAUAAGUUCACGUGUUCUUUUUAUAACUUUUAGAUCUUGAACUCUCAGGACAUGUUGAAGUUAUCUGUUCAUCUCUUCAGUAUGAGCAAUGGGUUUGUGAGGUUUUUUAAGUGGCACCAGUUCGGAUUAUAAGUAUAAACUGAUUUCUGAGGUAAAAUAUGAACAUUUUCAUGUCCGUCUCUCACAUUAACAAGCUAUUUAAAAAAAAAAUAUGUUCAAUAGGUGCUCAAACCUGUACAAACAGCCCUCUUCAUAGUGUUUAUAGUUACACAGCCGUGAACCUCAUAUCUUUGGCAGCCUUGACAGAGAGCAGAGUGAUGCUUUUCUGAGUAAUCGGCUGAUUGGAAACAGACAUACAAACAUGCAGAGCUGCAUACACACACUUAAAUAUUUACAGGCUAAUUAAAGUCAAAAAGACCGUUCACAUUUUCAUUUUUAUUAUGCACAAAGUUGCACACGUGCGUUCAUUUAUUCUGUGAGUGUGUGUGCUUGUGUCUGUGCCUGUGUGCGCACAUUCUGUCGGCUCUUGCAGCAUGCCGUGCUGAAAUAGUAAGAGGAUGCUACAUGCUUGAACCACAUACUGCCACUUUUCCUGCUGGAUCUUUUUCUAGGAAGAGCGGGGCAGCUGUGGCUUUUCAGAACCUCCAUCCAUCCAUCAAGCAGCACCCAUGGUUUACACCACACACGCACACACACACACACCCUCCUCUCCACAUUUCUGUGUCUUAAUUUCUCUCCGUCCUCUCUUUUCUUUUUCUUUCUCUCUCUCUCUGUAUGUCCCUCUCUGUGUUGCCCUUCAUCCUCCUCCUCCUCCUCUCAGACGGAGUUUACAGCCCCCGGGCCACUUCCGCCAGCCUGUCUGCUGCAGGUUUAUUAAUAGUCUUUUCUCUGGGUGCAGUAAACAUAGUGCUGGUUCAGGGGGUCGUCUCUCACACACUGAUAGACUUGUACUGGAGCUGAGACUGGAACGGAGAGGCUGUUGGUUUAGAGAUGACCCACAGAAGGAGUGUGGGAAGUAAACACUCACCCUGAAAUAACAAGAACAGAUUUACAGAUUUGGAGAUAUUUAACAGCUUCUUCAGGCCGAGUUUGGUGAGGAGAGAAAUGGGCAGAGAGGCAGGAUGUAAUGUCACAAAGAUCAUCAUGUGAAUUUGUGAUUUGUGUUGAAAAUCUGCAGAAACACCUCGACAUGAUGAUCCACCUCAGCAACUGCUUAACACAGUCAGGUUCAGCUAGUAACAGAUACAAAACUCAUGUUUUUGUACAGAUGUGCUUCUACCUGGUUUCCUGACAAUGGUUCAUAAGGGAUUUUAAACCUAUAUAGUGAUCUCCAUUCCUGAGUCCUGCCUGUUUUUAAUGCAGUGCUGCCUGAGGAUCUUAUGAUCAGGACCAAUCUUGGUUUUGGUCCUUGUCCCUUUUGUACAGAGAUUUGUCCAGAUUCUCAGAAUCUUUUAAUGAUAUGAUGUUCUGCAGAUGAUGAAAUCCACUCAUUCUUUCACAUUUGACACUCAGGAACAUUAUUCUGGAACUGUUGAACUAUUAGCUCACACAGUCUCUCACAGAGUGGUGAACCUCUUCCCAUCUUUCCUUCUCAGACAUUAAGUUUACAUGACACUGGAGAAAACGGAAUUAUUGCCUUAUUCCGAUUAAGACCGGACAACUGAAGUGCACGUAAACACCUUCGUGCGACUGUAAUCAGAGUUUAAGAACUCAGAUUAAGACACCCAGAUAAUGCGAUUGGAGUUAGAUUUUCUCUACCAUGUAACCAGCGUAGUUGGAAUAUGAGUGGAAAAUGCAUGUGCGUGUGUGCCACGCCUCCAUAAUCCCGGAACAAAAACACCAGAGAAGAAGAGUAGCGUGCACCUCAUCUGCAGAAAAAGUAGUGCAUACAUCAUGUACGACAAAAACAACGAUGUACAAUGCUCCAUCUUCUUGCUCGAAAAUGCCCAGCAGCAGUUGUAGCCACUUCUGACGUCUGGCACGGACCUGCUGUUGUUGUUGACAGUUGUAUGGGGAGGAGGACAUGUUCACGUCAAUAAUUCGAUUUUCUCAGCUGCAUGUAUACGGGGACAAGGGGAGAAGUCUGAUUUGGCCAAAAAAAAAAAAACACGAAUUAUAAGCUUUGUCUGAUGAAGCUGUGCAUGUAAACACACUGAGUGAGGCUCAGCCUCUCUGAAUGUCCUUUUUAUACCCAGUCCUGUUACUAACCUGUUGGACAUUAACCUCAUUAGUUGGGGUUGUGUGUUUGAUGAAAGUCCUCAAAUCCUUCAGCUCUUCAUCUGACCUGUUAUCAGUUUGCAGACUUGCAGCUGGUUUAUUGAAAAGUUUGGUAGAAAUUACUUCAGAAAAAGUUGUUGUUUUGUUAUAACUGAAGACAAAUAAUCCAUCAGUCUUUGCUUUGAUUUUGCUGACAGAUCACUCUGUAAAUGUUGAAUUAUCAGAUUCAUUCAGCUCUGAUCAGUUUUAGGUUGCAGAUCAUGCAUCUUUGGAUCCAAAAGUUUAUGCGGACUUUCAGGUGAAUGCAGACUGUUAAAUCUCUGUCUGUUAGAGUUUUUCUCCACAGAAUCUUUUGGUUCUAUUUGGAGACUCAAACAGCUAUGUGGUCAGGCGUGUUUUCAGCAGAUAUUAUUUUGAUAUUGAAAUAAAAAAAAAUGUGUUGUUGAUAUGUUCAUGUUAAAUAAGCAGCACUGCAACAGAAUAAUCUAUAAUGAUAACUAUAAAUAAUUAUGCAUAAUUUUUAUGAUUUAAAGCGGUCUAACCAGCUGAAAACAAACAUCUCUGUCUCAGUUUUAAUGAAAGUUUAAGUUUGUUCCUUUGAUGAAACUUAUAAACCAUUUCGUAAUCAUUAAAAUUUUCGUUCUCUAAAAAACCUGAAGUCCAUUAAACAAAGCUUUUCUUCAGUCUGAUAGUAUUUUUCUCAUCAUGGAGUGAUGUGAUGAUUUCAUGCUUCAAACAUGGACCUGAUCUGACAAAUUAUGAAGUUUAUAUUUGAUCGUUUAUCAAAUAUGAUGGACGCGCACACUGAUCCGUGCAGGAUUCAGACACUGAGGUUUCCUGGGAUGUGACUGUAAACCCAACAGUCAGUGAGCGCGCUCAGAAUGAUGUACGAGAAAGAGUUUUUAAGGUCCCAACACGUGACUCAGCACACAGUUAUGUGUGUGUCACACCUUAAAAAUGGACCUGGUCCGUGCGGUGUGUUGUGGUGCGGUGCGGUGCAGAGAUGUUGUUUGGUGAGUCAGUGGCAGUUUGAAACCUGAUCCUCAGACAGUCAGUGUGACUCAGAGCUGCAGAUACAGAGACAGUUAAAGACUCACUGAGCUGAUCCAGAGUCAGUGUGUGAGUCAGUGAGAGAGGAGGAAACAGGAGGAAACAGCAGGACAGAGGAGAAAGUGUCUAAAUCAGAGCGUAGGUGAAUCAGCCCCUCUUCCUUCCUCCAAAGUGAUUUUUAAUGAGCGCUCCACACCCUGCUCAGACAUCCAGCUCUCACCACAAACUGAAGUCGGACCGCUGCUGAGAAAGAGUCCAUGACUGAGAAAAUGAGGGGGAGAGAGAGAGAGAGAGAGAGAGAGAGAGAGAGAGAGGGGGGGGGGGGGGGUCAUCAGACAUGACCUGAAAUCAGAGCGCUAACCCUAACCCUCAUGAACCACAGAACUCAUCCUCAGCACCUUUCAGCAGAGUUACAGACACACAAAAAACAUCACAAUUACACAAAACACCUCAGUAUCCCCUUCAUCAUAUCACAGAGUUACGGUCAGAGCAUCUGCAGGCUGAUGCAUCCUCCCUCAAAACCUUUCACCUUCUUGGAAUUUUAAAUGGUGCAUGAAACAGACUGAAACUAACAGUGAUGUGUCUCUAUGAUGUGAAAAAGCAAAUAGGACUAUCAACGACAAAUUUAUCAAUGUGUUGUAGAUUUAAAUGCUUCUGUCUUCUGUGAGGAGUGAGGCACGGGUGCAGAGGAAAUCAAUCAAUCAAUCAAUCAAUCAAUCAAUCAAUCAGUCAGUCUUUAUUCAUUUAGCACCUAUUCAAGUGUUAUCCGCAGAUGCUUAACAAAAAAACCUGGUCUAGACCAUCCUCUAUUUACAAAGACCCACUGUGAAGAUGGGGUCAGACUGAACCCCAUCCUAUAAGAUCAGACCCAUCUCAUCUUCACCCACAUGAGUGAAAGACUCAUUUAUCGAGUUACAGUGGAGAGGAAGAACUUCCUUUAUCAGGCAGAAACCUCGGAGAACCAGACUCAUGUUAGACAGUGAUCUGCUGAGAUUGAGCUGGGUUUAGAGAGGAGAUAGAGGGAGAGGGAGAAAGAGAGAGAUGGACAGAGGAGAUACAGAUAGAGGGAGAUGAAAAAAGAGAAAAAGCCCAUGUAGAACCCUGUUUAUUAAGGCUGGGACAAUGUGCUUCUCUCCCAAUUCGAUUCUUCUACGAUUAUUUGGAUGCCGAUUCAAUUUAAAUUGUGAUUCUACGAUAUUGUCGAUUUUCUCGAUCUUCAGUCUGCAUUUUUAACACCAGUGAAACAGCUGAAUGAUUACGAUUGUCUACUGACUAUUCCAGGAACCAUAUUUCAGCAAAAAAUACACGUCACAUGUGAGUCAGUUUUUAAGAUUUAUUCUUAAGUUUGAAAAAAAGAAAGAUCGAUUUUUGAACAUAAAAAUUGAUUAAAAAAUUGUUAAACAAAAAAUCUUGAUACUUAUGUGAAUCAAUUUUUUCUCCCACCCCUACUUUUUACUGGAGGUUUUCUUAAAAGCAGCCACACUUGUGCAGAGUGUGCAGACAUUAUAUUUUCUUUAAUCAUUUUCUUUAUUUUAUUUUUUAUUCAAACUUCUUUACGUAUCAAUAACAAAAUAAAAUGUACAAGAAAGACAAAAGUAAAUCAUCACAACAUACUGAGCCUUGUGAGUGUAGGUAUGGUCCAUUGCUAAUUUUCAUCUGCCUAAUUAUCUGGUUAAAAUGAGGUGAAAUAUUAAAGUAACAUCAGUGUGAGCUUUGUAGGACUCUUUCUUUUCUGCUGUAAACCAGCUUUGUCAGUGAGUGCAAAGAGAGUCAUCUGAACCUGAACUUUGAUCACUGUGACCGAUGUGUUAUUUGUCCAGAACAAAACUCAGAGCACUGUCACUGAGUAAGAAGAAAAAUAGAGAAACAAUCAUUUCCACAUUUGUGUUUGUACCCUCUAAUUUAAAUUGAACAGAAAAAUCUUUUUUUUUAGCAUCAAUGACCCCAUUUAAUAUUACCUAAACUUAAAAAAAGCAUUAAAAAAGUUUUUUACAAUAAAUCAGAGCUGUAAGCAUCUGAAUACUAAUGUUCAAUUUUUAAUGCAUUAUAAUAAAACCCUUGAUUCACUGAUCAUUCAUGAUGUGAAAAGGUUGUUGUACAUAAUCCAGUCAAUAUAAACCUGAGUUCUCUAUUACACUUAAAUUUAAUAAAGACCAGUUUGAUUCUGCAGCUCUUCCCUCAUCCCUCUCUUCUUCUUCUGUCCUUCAUCACCUGUUUACUCCCUCACGCACUUGUUUGUCAUGCCCCCCUCCCCUCCCCUUACCCUCUCUCCCCCUUUCUGCCGUGUUUUGAUCCUGUCUCCCCUUCUUCCCUCCCCCCUCCUCCUUCUCAUUAUUUCCUCGAGUGUGUCCUCCUCUCAGUCUUUCUCUCCUCUCAGCUUUGAUUUCCCCUCCUCUUCCUCACCCCCUCACCCCCUCAGAGGUGUUCCUUCAGAUUCACAUGUGGUCCCAGAGCAACUCCACUCUGGAGUUUCACUCUGCCUUUCGCUCCUUUCCUAUUCCUCUCCUCUUGCCCCCUUCUUUCUCUCCUUCCAUCCUCUUCUCUUCACCCUUCUCUCCUUUUCCUCUCUCUUUUUCUCCUUCUCUACUCCCAUUAACUUUUUCCUUCUUCUCUCCUUCUAUCCUUUUCUUGUUUCCCCUCCAUCCUCCCAUUUGUCAUCCUCCCCUUCCCUCAUCCUUAUCUCCUUUUGCCUAAAACUCUCUAUCUCUCUUCCCUUUUUCUCCUCCUCUUUCUUUUCCUCUGUUUUUCUCUCAUCUUUUCUUUCCUCCCUCUUCUUGUCUCUCUUCCUUCUCUGCCUUCUUUUCUCCUCUUUUGCCUCCUUUUUUACCCUCUCUCAUUUCCUCUUGUCCCUUCCCCCUGCUGUCCUCUUCUUUUCUUACAUCCCUCCAUCUUUUAUCUUCCUUCCCCUCCCCUUUCUUUCUUUCUUUCUUUCUGAGCGACAACAACAAGUAGAAAAAUGAAGUUGGUUUGGAGUGUGAGUCCCCUCAGGGCCGCUGUUUUCGGUGUGAUUGAAGGCCUCUGUGUGCCUUGUGUGUGUGUGUGUGUGUGUGUGUAUCUGUCCGUGUGUGUGUGUGUGUGUGUGUGUCUGUCCUAAUUGAAUGAUAAAGUGGCCUGAGAUGGAGAGCGGUGAAUAGCCAACAAUGGCCGCCUGUGUGUGGUGGAGGGUUUUUGGUUCAGGUCCAGCCUCAGCCUCUCUGCUCCGAGAGGGGGCUAUUAUAACACUCUCUGCUGGACCCGGUCACGUGAUGCUGCCUCACCCCUCCUCCCUCACCUUCCCAAUUCACCCCCCUCCUCCCCCCUCAGUGCGAAGCGGCCAAUCGGCUCUCAUCAUGUUUCUCUUCUCUCUCCUGCUCCAGUCAGAUGAUUUUAUUUAUCCGGCAGGUGACGUUUACUAGCUGCUACCUGAGUGUGCAUGCAUGUGUGUGUGUGUGUGUGUGUGUGUUGUGUUUGUGAGUGAGUGAGAGAGGUAUGUUGAUAAAUUACAGCCCCAAUUCUGAAAAAGUUAGCGUGCUAUGUAAAAUGUCAGCUAACUUUAUUAAACUAAAAAUAGAGAAUGAAAAAUAAGUCAGAUGUUAAACUGAAAAUGUUUUUGUUUUAUGAAAAAUCGACACAUUCUCAGUUUUGGUCUAAUGUCUGUAAAAAGUAGUUUCAGCCUCAUGUAUUUUAUUCUGUGUCCUCACCUCUCCUUUUACCAUCUCUCUGUAAACCUUAGUGAGUUCAGCAGACCAGUUUUUGGAGUCUGAAAGUGAAAUGUUGUCCCAUUCUUGCCUGAUAGAGGAUUUUAGCUGGUCAACAGUUCAGGGUCUCCUCAGGAGUUGCGAGCAUCUCAUCUGCAGAAAAAGUAGUGUGUACAUCACGUACGACAAAACUUCUGAUGUCUGGCACGGACCUGCUGUUGUUGUUGACAGAUGUAUGGGGUCAACUGAAAACAGCACCACUGAAAAGACCCAUAUCACCCCCUAGUUUUGGGGAGGAGGUCACGUUCACGUCAAUAGUUCGAUUUUCUCAAGCAGCAUGUAAACACAGACAAGGAAGGAAGUCUGAUUUGGUGAAAAAAAGGAUUAUGAGCUUAGUCUGAUUAAGCUGUGCAUGUAAACGCACUGAGUGUCUCGCUGAAGUAUGAAGGUCUUCCCUGAAAAACUCCUAAACCUUGCUCCUAAACCUGUAGAUAUUGUACAGCAUUAAUGGAGCCUUCACAGAUGUGGAAGAUACCCAUGACAUGUACUCUGGUGAUCCACAAACCAUCAGGGAGGCUGGCUUUGGUCUGGGUGUUGAGAACAAGCCAGGAGGUCCCUCUACUCUUGAGAAAGGAGGAUGUAAAUUCUAUGAUUUCCAAGGGAGUGUCAGAUUCUACUCCACCAAUCCACAGGACAGUUUUCCACCUGUGAAGUUACUGUAAAUUUCUGUAAUUUCAGCUUAAUAAUUUGUCUUCAGUGACAUAAUUUCAGCUAACUCCUGUGUUGUCCUGUUUGUGUUUUUUAUUUCAGUGCGACUCAUUAACAGUCUGUGCAAAUAAAUUUAAAUCAUAAAAACAUGUUGAUGGAAGUCUCUUAGAGCUGCUGGAAAGUCUCACUCUCACUUUACUCUAAAAUCGUUUCAGUUUGUGAGUUGUAGGCUUUUAAACGUUAAUCGUUAGUGGUUUCAUUUCUUGUUAACAAAAGGAAACUAAUAAAAGAAUUUUACUAACAUAUUUUAUUUUUUCAGGAUAUAUUUGGACAUUUUUGUGGGGUGUAAAAUAAUGUCAAUCAUCAUCAUAAACAACACCCAACAAGUAUUCGGAUAUUAAAUUUCUAAAUAUUGUAAACCUCUUGUCUCUGGCAGUAACUCUGUGUCCAGGUAUAAUCCGCGGGUUUCUGUUGUUUGGUUUAGUCCGGUUUGGUUCAGUCUACUCUGAUCUUGUAUUUCCUCAGCGGACUGAACUCUACUCUGGUUCUGGACUCCGGCAGCACGUUGGCUGUGUUAUAGCCUCAGAGCUGCUUGGUUUUUUUGGAGCGCCUGUUAACAGAUCGAACUUUUCAGACUGUUUGCUCGAGCGGUGCCUCUCACCUGAUGUUGUUUUAAUGAGCAGCAAAGAUCUUGGUCAAAAAUAUACACAAAAAUGAUGAACGGAGAGCUGCUUUGACUUUGUGUCAGAGGAAUGACAAAUGUAUAUCUCGAAUCAUUGUCAAAGUAAAAGUCUGAUCCCUGUUUUCUGUUGAAAGACUCUCUUUGUUUUCCCAAAAUGCUUUUAUUUGAAAUUGUGUCCAAGACCGGUAGUUAGCGAUAGAAGUAACUUACUCUAACACUUAAAGAUGAACUUGUUGUCAUGACACCUGGCUGCAUGUAAGCUCUGUUAAUUAUAAAACAAAAUCAGUUAACAGGAAAUACUUCUUUCUGUGUGAAUUUUCUCUCUCUUUGCAGAUGAUUUCUCACCUCUAAUGAUGGAAACGACUGUUAUUGUGCAGAGAAAACCUGUAAAAAUUCACUUGUUUUUAGAUAGUUUAAAGCUCUGCUGAAGGAGUCACAUCUGCUGUGAGUUUUUAGAAGUUGAAAUGUCUUACUGUGUUCAGAAACAGUCACAUAGUCAGCAAUGAAAGGGAGUUAGUCCUGUUAGAAAACGAUUGUCCCUUGUCUUUUAGCCUGAGAAACGGAAAGACUCAAUGUUGGAGUCGAUAAGGACUGGAAACAUUGAAGAGUCCUAAUAACAGUGCCAGUAUAACUAGAAGCUAAAGAUCUCCGUCCUUAGACUCUGACAGAGAGAGGAGACAUGAACACUCCUCAGACAGAGCUGUGUUUUCACUCUGACAGGGUUCAGUCUGAUUUGAGUUUUAAAGAGAAAAAACAGACAGACUGACUCUGAACUGAAAUAACCCUGAUCAUCGUCUCUUCAUCUUUUCCUCUGUCUCUAUCUGUCUGUACCUGUUUGCCGGCUCCUUUCUCUCUCUCUCCUCCUUUCAUCUCUUUCUUGUUAUGUCCUUACCCCUCCUCCUCCUCCUCAUCUUCCCUCCUCGCCUCGCCUGUCGUACGGCCGUCACCCUCCUGGAGGAGCCGCAGCCUCCGAUCCUCUGAACCUGAUCAGGUUUCAGAAAUAUCCCAGGAAUGUGAGCUGCCCACUGCCCAUUUUUCAAGACCCUGUUUAUGCAAGAAUGUUAUUUUUACAAGUCAGUCUACCCUUAACACACACACACACACACACACACACACACACACACACACACACACACACACACACACACACACACUGCUUUCCUCUUUUUCCCAUCAUUAAUCUGAACAUCCUCUGAAAAUACACACUCAUAGAGCAGAUAACAGAAAAAAGCAAGAGGUGUGUGUGUGUGUGUGUGUGUGUGUGUGUGUGUGUGUGUGUGUGUGUGUGUGUGUGUGUGUGUGUGUGUGUGUAUCAGAUGUGUUGAAACCUGUAGAUUUCUGGAAACAAAAGCUGGUCUAACAAUGCCUGUUGUUUCAGUCUGAGCUGACGCUGCCAGACUUAGAGAUUGUUUGUUGCUGACCUGACAGAGAGAGAGAGAGGGAGAGAGAGAGAGAGACUCAGUGGUCGAACGAACAAAUCAGAGCACAGACAGGAGCUCUAACUCUGCAAAGUCCUAAACUCUGAUCUGAUUGGAGGAUUUCGUUGUCCUAAAUAAUAGUAAUAACUGUGUAUUGAUGGAGAUUAUAAUCCAGGGUGAUCCUCCUGUUUAGUUCUCUGUCAGGUUUGAGUUUACUGUGAUUCAGCCUGAAGCUGGUUUUGAUAAAACUGUCUUUACCUCCUCGCUAUAAUGACUUUUCUGUUUUUCAAUGUGUGUUUGGUCAAAUCAGAGUCACAGUGAGCUCUGUUAGCAGGUCUGUGUGUAAACAGAGGAAACCUGACUGUCGUACAGAUUUGUGUUUACAUCCAGAAUAACUUUCCUCUUGAGUUGUAGGGGGGGAAUCACCUCAGAGCACAGUAAGGUGUGGGAGUGCCUGGUCUGCUUGAGUGAGACCAGGUGUGGGAAGGUGAUUUAAGUCUUUCAGCUCCAGUGCAGAGUGCUGACUCCUCUCUUCCUGAGAGGAUCUAUCUCUGUGGUCUUUCGAGUCGUGGCGAAGUGUCCAUUAAGGCACUCAUAUUUUGUAGAAGGAAUGUUUGUUUCUGGCUUAGAUUGGGUUGUAGACAUCGGUUCCUUUAGUGUAUCCAGCAUUUUAUGUUUAAUGUUCAAGCAUCCCUGGCAGUCUUGUUUCUUUGGUUAAAGAGGUUAUUUCAGAUUUUUCUGAGUGUUUGGUUUGGGCCAGCUGCUAGGCAGCGGUGGUUUUGUUUCCUGCUUAUCCAUCUGUGUUUAGGAAGUUUGAACUUCCAGACCUUUGCAUUUCCCUCUCCAUUUAUCAUGUGUGAUUUCAGUGGUUACCCCUACAGGGAAACUUUUAGGGCCCUCCCCCUUCUUGGUCCGCAGUUGUUUUCCCUCCCUCUGACAGAGGACUGCAACCCUGUGAUUUUUUUUACAGUUUAUAUUACAGAAUAUAGAAAAUACAGCUAAAGGCUGUGAGUUUUAAGACCUUCUAAAUCAUGAGUAUUUUCUGUCACACUAAUAAUGUUUCAUUAGCAAAUUUAUAAAGCCUUAUAAAUGAGACUUUAAAAUGACUCUUAUAAACAAUUGCAAGCAUUCACAACAACAUAAAUCAAUGUGUAUUAAGUGAUAAAAGCAAUGAAUACAGUUCUUUAUAUAUACAUGAUUUUUAAUGUAUUAUAUCCUGAUGAAAAACAAAGGGCGGCGUCUUUUAAUUCUCAGGUUUACUUACACAUUUGAACUCCCCAAACUUUAUCCAGUUCUGAAAUACGUCAAUGUCAUUUGACUUAAAAAAUCUGUUUAAUUUGAAUUAUUUUGUUUAAUUUAAAAAGCUUUAGUUUCUGAUAUAAGAGUAGUUUACUUUUGUUUUACCUCUACAGAGUGAAUCUCCAGCUGCAGGCCUCUGACAGCUUUAUUUAGCCUCUGGCUUAAGGAGUCUAAGUGUUAGGGCUGGGCGAUAUGGCCUUAAAUCAAUCUCACCAUAUAUUAAGCAGUUCACCUUGAUAACAAUCAAUUGACGAUAACCACUCCACAAGCUGCUCACCCCCUCCCACAUUAACUUUGUCUACUUCAGCCACCGCUCCAGCUGCUACAACUUUUGAACCGUCCUACAUCUCCUCACCUGUCUUUCCCUCUUUGUUAUGGACUGGAUGGGGUGGAGUCACAUCUCCGACAUAGGACAGCGUCUUAAAGAGAGAUGAGACCAUAACCUACCUACACACAUCCAAAACCAACUUUUAUUUGUUUAUUUUUUUGACACAGAUAUACUGAUAUGGGCAAAAUGAUUAUGUUGUUAUUGUCGUAAAUUUUCGGUAUUUGUAAAUUUUCGGUUUAUCGCCCAGCCCUACUAGGUGUACAUUAGGAUAUUAUUACAGCUCUACUUUACUCACUCAUAGUCAUUUAUUAUCUCCACUGUUUCCCCCAGUCAUCACUUCCGGUAUUAAAAUGCUGUGUUCAUCUCUUUGUUGUUACUUGUUCUUCAAAUAUUUAUUUAUUUUUCACUUCAUCUAAGUCAUGCUGUAAAGUGUUGUAAGACUGAAAAACACAUUGAAUGAGUCUCUAUGAUUCCUGACCUGUAAAAUAUGUCAUUCAAAAGCACGGUUGAGCAGCUGCUUGACUACAGUGUGCAGGAGGGACAAAAGGGCUUGUGAUAAAAAGAGACUUGUUUCCCAACAUGCUUUAUGUUGGACUGGAUACCUGGUUUGUUCAGCUUAUUGUUUACGUCUGUGAACAUGUGAUGGUUUCCUGUUGGUUGGUGUUCAUUUUGUAUCAGAAGGAUGUUGUUUCAUUCAGUCAGGUGUUACUUUGUGUUUGUCUUUAUUUUUGAGUUUUGAGGGAAACAGAGAUACCCGGAGGACAGACUCAGUUUAGCAGAAAUAUCAAAAAUGUGUUUUGAUUUGAGAAGACAAGAGAGGGAGACAGAAAGAGAGAAAGACAGGGAGUGAGAGAGACAAAGACAGACAGAGAGGGAGAGAGAGAUAGAGGGAGGGAGAGGGUGUAGAGGGCGAGGUAGGGGGAGGGCGUUUGGCGUGGAGCCCGUUGGCACAGUGCCCACAUCUCCGGCUGCUGUGGAGCUCGGAGUGACGGCCAGGACUCCCCACCAGAAGGGCUUUCCCCAGAAACACCACACGUACAUACACAGACACACAUGCACGCAUGCACACACACACACACACACACACACACACACACACACACACACACACACACACACACACACACACACACACACUGCCCAUGUGCUUACUGUCAACAUUUUGAUAAAGCUCUGCCAGCAGUGUGUGCGUGUGUGUGUGUGUGUGUGUGUAUGUGUGUGUGAACCGCUGAUUGUGACUGAACAGUUUUUACCAACUUUGCUGGUAUCAGCUGAUGUCAGAGUAAACGUCAGUGUCCUACUUAUUGGUUUCAGUCUGCAGGUUUAGACUUUUAUUCUGCAUAUUUGAUGAUGUUUCAGCUGCACGUCUCCAUUCUGCUCGUCACUUCUAUCCCUUUGUUUUCUGCAGCUCUGCACAGGUAAAUUCAUUUAUGGGUGAUCAGGAUCACCUGGUCCUGAGUGACUGAAAGCCUCAGAGGACUCUGCUGUCCUAUCUCUCAGUCCGAGGAUCCUUGUUUUUCAUCUCAGCUCUGUUGUUGUAGUUAUCUUGAUUUUUUCUUUAGUUGAUCUUGAUUACAUUUUAAUUUUUUGUUUGUUUAUAAUGGUGAAUUCCAUGGCUGAGUGUUUUAGUCUGUAUUAACAUUUAACUUUGGGUCAUAAUGUGGACAGUGGUUUUUCCUUGAGGGACACUUUAGGCAGGAAGUAGCUGUAAUCUGAACUCUUCUUCUAUGAUACUGAGUUUUUCUAAAUUGUUCAUGAAAAACUUCAAUAAUCUGUUGAACUGUAUCAGUUGAGUUUCUGUGUGCCAGGAAAAGAUAUUAAUUAAAUUAUCUGAUAAGGCUCUGAAAAACUUGAUGUACCCAACCUGUUGAGUAUCAUUCAUAUUCAUGUUCAUAACAUUAAUAAUUUGAGUGUUACAACCAUAGACUGUAUACUGAAUGGAGAGCAUCUGCCUCCUUGCUGGGUGAAGCCACUCCGUGAACAGCACCCUCUGGUGACGGGCUGCAGUAUAGGUCAUAAAUCCCGCCUCCUCCAACCAUCCUUAUGGAGCUGUGGACAAACUCUAGUAAUUUAUUACACAGAAUAUCCAUUUUUCCCCCCCUGGUUGCGAUGUUGCCAUGUAGUUACUGUAAGACUGGUUUGUGCUCAAGUCCUCUUUUUUUUGUACAGCUCAGUUUUUAAAGUUAUUAGGGGGUUCAUGUUUUCUUUGAUUGACACUUGAUACAGCCUAUGAGCAUACGAAGAUUGCAUAGCUCACCCAGUGGAUACGCUGUUUGAGUCGAGCGUCAUCACAGCAAUUCUCCCGCUAAAUACGUACAAUGCUACUGCGCAAGUGGUGGAGUGCGCACAACGCUACUGUGCAAUGUUGGUUUCAGGAAGUGGAGAAAAAACCCGGAAUUACCGAGAGCUUUUUGGCUUCAAAUCCAUAUACUGGCGGAAGGCGGAACCAAGUUGUCCAUAGUUUAGACAGUCAAUGUUUACAAACCAAAGUGCAGCUCCUCCUGCUCCUCCUGCUCCUCUCCCUGCUCUCCUCCUGCUCCCGCUUUAUGAAUGAAUACAAAGAAUCAAGGACAGACCUGCAGGAGGAGGAUCUGCUGAUCUGAGGUCCAGUGAGUGAGAUGUGCUGUUCUGAGCACCCAUGUGGAAGCUAUGGGCCUGUUCAUGCAUGCAUAUGUGUGUGUGUGUGGUCUGUGUUCUCACUAACACACACAUUCUCAGUGUCACAUAGGCAACAUGGACUCAGUGUCACCCCAACAACCUGACUGACCCCACCAUCCUCCUCACUCACACACACACACACACACACACACACACACACACACACACACACACACACACACACACACACACACACACACACACACAUAUAUACAGAGAACUUGUUGUGUAUUAUGAAUGGUUUUUGUGUAUGGUUGUGUGUAGUAAAGCAAACUUUUUUGUGUUUAUGUAGUAUAGAUGAUGAUAAUGAUGAGGAUGAUGUGUAUAUGUGUGUGUGUUUGUAGCCCUCAGUCCAUCACUGUUUACUCUGAGAGUGCAGAUAUGAUAGAAAUGAUGAAGAUUAUGAUGAUGAUGAUGAUCGUAAUUAUGAAGAUAAUUGUGAUGAUGAAGAUGAUGAUAAUGAUGAUGGUGAUGAUAGUAAUUAUGAAGAUAAUUGUGAUGAUAAAGAUGAUGAUUAUGGUGAUGAUGAUGAGGAUGAUGAUGAUGAUCGUGACGAAGUCAUCAUCGUGAUAAAGUUGAUGAUGAUGAUUAUGAUGAUGAGGAUGCCGAUGAUGAUAUUGAAGAUGAUUGUGAUGAUGAUGAUUAAAAUGGUGAUGAUGGUGAUUAUGUUGAUGAUGAUGAUGACGACGACGACAACGACAACGAUGAUGAUGAUGAUGAUGAUGAUGAUGAUGAUGAUGAUGAUGAUGAUGAUGAUGAUGAUGAUGAUGAUGAAGAUGGUAACAGUCUUAUUUCUGGCUGUGUCCGAAAUGAAUCCCUAACCCCUAACCCCCAUAUGGGGUUUCACUAUAUAGUUGACUAUGUAGUGAACUCAAUCACCAGAGGUUUCGGACACUACAUGGCAAGAUGCAAUAGAUGAUGGGAUUCCCACCACCGGUGAGUGACCAUCAGAUGGUCUCUACAUUUUGCAGUGCUUUAUGGGAAAUUUUGAGUCGCCUAUAUGGGGCACUGGAAUUGAUCACUCAGGUUUCGGACAGCCCUCAAAACGGCGCUAACCCCCAUAUAGUCACCUAUAUAGGGGUUAGAGAUCCAUUUCGGACACAGCCUCUGUCUUAGCCUGCUCAUGCUUGAUAGAGGCUGCCAUCUUUGUUUUGGUCUGUCUGUCAAUCAGAGGCUGUGUCUAUGAUCAGCUGACCUGUGAAGGUGAAACAGCCUGAAACUGUCGUACCUGUCUGUUCUCACUUCAGAUGAAGGAAAGCUCAAACUUUUCUGAGUGGGUUUUGUCCUGUUUGUCCUGAUCUGGUAUCAGUAGAAAUUUUCUCGCAUUUUAGUCUUAAAGAGGGGUUAAUGGUCUUAUGAUCAAGGCCGUGUCAGCCUCCCUGCUGUGAGCAUCAUGUCCUGUCUCCUUGCAUACAUACUACAAUCACAGUAUUAGAGGAAACUGCAGUCAAACAAAAAAAAAAGAUGAGCCGCUAAAAAAUUGAGGUCUGGGUCUGACCUCAGUGAAGACAACACAGGACAGAAAGAAGUCAGGAAAUAAUGUUAAAAUUAAAACCAUAAAUCUGUUUCAACACUAACAGCCCAAUCAUGUUAUUGAAUAUGAAGAACAGAGCAGAGCUCAGAAACAGGGACUGAUGAGGGAUAGGAGCCUGGAUGACACAUGUAUACACAAACAGUUGCUGAAUGAUACUGUGUUCCCAAAGCUGACCUCAAUGAAAGGAAAGGGCUUUAGUGUUUAUCUUUGUUAGUUAAUCUACAUAAAUAUACUAAGUUUGAUUAAAGCCGUUUUCCAGAUUUAACCCCACACACCUCUUUCGGGUUGGAUUAUCUGAUGCGUUGCUGCAGCAGAGAAAGGAGAACACAUUUCAACAAUGUUAAAACUGAUAAAAAUGUAUCUUAACUCCAUUUUUAAAGAAUAAAACCUAAAGUCAAACAGAAAACUGGCAUUACAAAAGAAUUAUAUCAUAUAGUCUGUAUUUAUCAGACAGACCCAGAAAAUGAUUUACCUGCAUGUUGUUGAAAAAACCCAUCUAACCCAGCCGCUGAGUUUUGAUCAGUAACUGUCUGCAGAUUCAGGCUGAUCCAGGAUCAGCAGCUUCAGGGUCUCUGGGUGACAGUUAGUUUCCCUCCCCCCUCAGACCGCAGACCAGGCUAUCUUUAGCUCCGACCCAGGGUCGUGGUCUGGUUUUAUGACCACAUCCCGACCCAGCACGACCUGGACCAACUGUCAGGACAGUGAGGGUUUGGCACUGAAGAGCAGAAACUCUUCCUCCCUUACCCUCCUCCUCCUCUUUGUCACCUUCCUCCCCUCAUCCCAACUCAGGUUAGAGACCCAGGCAAGAGAGGAACUGAAACCUGGGGAGGAGGGGGAGGGAGGGAGAGAGAGAGGGAGGCAGCAGUGAUGAAACACAAGUUUGAGCUGUUCUUAUUUUUACUCUCCAGAGUUGAUCUGCGUCUGUGUCGGGUCGUUUUUCUGCAGCAUGUUCUCUUAUUUUAUUAUGAAAUGAAUCACAGAAUAAAACUGAUCAGAUUUCACUUCAUGAUAAAUCUUAACAGAUUUAUACCUCUGCCUGCUCAGUCUUAAAACUUUAUUUCUCUCAAUCCUCUUUCUUGAUACCAGCAUAGAAACUUAAAGCUUCAGUCAGGGUUUUUCUCUUUGUUUUGAAUUUUGGCGCCCCCUGUGGACAGAUCGAUGCCUUUGAAAUCACAGCUGAUUCCUGUCUGUUCUCAAGAAAGUCCUUUUUCCUACAAUAAUAUUUCACCUUGUUUAAUUUUACGACUUAACUACAUCAUUAAUUUAAAAUCUAUGCUAGGAAAAUGUUAAUCAACUUAGUGGAUCCCUCUGCGGUUUUAGACACUAUAACUGUGUCGAAAUAAUCAGUCUCACUGCUGAUGGACAGAAAGAGGCCUCAGAAUUAACUUCAAUUUCUCAGAGAAGGAAAUGUGUCAGGCUGAAUUUGUGAUGACUGAUUGUGAGCUCUCAUUGUGUGAUCAGUAAAAUAUCGUAAAGGGGGUUUCGUUUGAUAAAAAACAUUUUAAAGAGUCUGUCUUUAGUCUAUCUUUUAGCCAGUUGGGUCACUUAAAUACUUAAAAUUACAUGAUUUCUAUGGACAGAAACAUCCACAAGUUGGACUGGGCGAUUAUAUGAUCGUGAUCGAUGACUGUGAUAAAUUUCAGUUCGAUCACGGUGAUCAGCUGUGAGCAUAUUUACUCGAUCAAACAUGGUGGAAAUGUGAGUCACAACAGCCAAUCACAGUCGAGCCUGUCCUGCUCGCUUCUGUUAGUUGCCGGAGAAGUGAACAAGAGAAGUAAACAGAAUGACUGAACAUGGAGCUAAACGCGGAGCUGAGGGCAGCAAGAUAGUUGUCAGCCAUGACUUUGAGUCAUUCUCCAAAGAUGUUAUUGUUGAAAAGUUAUUCAACGUCGGUUGUGUUGCGGUGGUUCGGGUAUCUCCAAAGUGACAUCGAGUAAUUAAGCUGAUGAGCAAGGUAUGUCGGCGAUCGGUGCCCUCAAAAACUGGCUACACAACAAAUCUGUUUAAUCAUUUGAAGAAGUACCUCCCCAAUGAUUAUGCGGAAAGCAUGAAAAUGUGAGCGGAGUCUCUACAGCCUGUCACUGCUGACAGCACGAGUAGCAUUAGCAGUUUAGCGACAACUAGCAGUGCAGCCACAGACCUAGGCAGCGAUUAAUCGUAUCAUUUACGUUUACAUCAUCUAAUGUUUACAUUUUAAAGAGUCUUUAUUAUCUCUAAGGGGGCGAUUUGUUUAUUUUGGGUCUUGCAUACCUGCAAAAACACACAGGACUGUAAAUGAGUUCACUGUAUUAUCUAGUAUUUAUCUACAUUUGUUGUACUGUUGAGUUAAAAUGUUUUAUUUGUUAUAUUUUUCUAAGUUAACCUUAUUCAAUUUGCUUUGUUAUUUGUAUGAUAAUAAAAUGUUGAACUAAUCUCUAGUUUCUUUAGUUUUUAGUGCAGAUGCUUUAAAACAGGCAGUUAAAAAAAUUGUGAUAAUAAUCGAGAUCGGAUUUUUUUUGCCAAAUUGUCCAGGCCUAUCCACAUGUCCACAAAUAAAAAAAAAGAUUUAAUAAGUAUUUAUAUUUCUGUGUUUAUAUUUCUCUUACUGUACUCUCCUCUUCUUUGAUAAUGGUAAUGUAAGAUAUAUGUUUUCUGUUUGCAUUGAUUCUAUUGUUGGUUUUUAAUAUUGUUUCACUCAAUAGAUUAAUUUAUUAGGACUGUUGUGGAUGCAGUUGAGCAUGUGCAGAGCUCGAAUAUAAAACUAAUUUUCCCAAAGUUACAAUAAGGUCUAUUGUGUCAUAUUGUAUUUAUUUUAAGCUAAAAUUUUAACUCAUGUUUCAACAGGAUGAAAUCAGAUAUAAAAGAUUUUAAACAAAGACAUUGAAGCCUUUCUCAUUCUGUAUAAAACGUCAUCACCUCUCCUUAUUUAUUCUGUUUCCUCACUUUAACAUCAGUCACUGUGAGAUUUAUCAAUUAUAUUUAGAUUUUAGUGGUUUACACAUGCUUCAAAAGGACUUUGAGAUUAUAGAAAGAUUUCAAAAGCUUCAAAAGCAACUUAUUAAUUCAACAUGAACUCAGAGAGGGAAAACACCCUGCAGUCUGUUCCCUGUUUAACGAUGUUUUAAUAUUGCUGCUAUUUUAUCUGUAUUGGGUGUUUUUCAGUGUAAAUGUUUGUGCAGAGCCCCUCCCCCCCUCACUCUGCAGAGCGGCUGUUGUCACUUUAGCUCUGGAUAGUGAACUCACUUUCUAUUUUUAGUUUGUUGGUUUAGUUUAGUAGAGGUCCGUCCUCUCAUGUGCUCAGACUCUCCGUUUGGUCCUGGCCCGGUUCAGCCCGGUUUAAACACUCAACCCUUAGAGACCCAGAAAAACCCUGAGAGCGCUCUCACGUGUUGCUUGGUGUGUCUGCGGGCAGUAAAGGGUUAAAAACAGUCACUCAGCAUGCGGGAGCCGUGGCGGGCGGGCAGGCAGUGCAGAGGCUGACCUUUGACCCCUCAGGAAAGGAAUGUGGAAGCUCUUUCAUCCCGAACAGAAACCAAAGACACGCUCAGUUCUGCUCUCAGCGUCUGAUGGAGGAAGUGAGCGGCGUUCACAGUCAGUGGGCUGCACAACCUCUGUCGCCAUUUUGGAGUAAAGCCUCAUCCAGAGUGUGUGUGUGUGUGUGUGUGAGUGUGUGUGUGUGUGUGUGUGUGUGUUUGUGUGUGACCCCCCUGAACAGCAGCUCUGUCAUAACUCCAUGUGAAGAUCAUUUCAGUGACCUUAAGUCAGUUUCUCUUUGAUAAACCGCACACUGUUUUAUUUAAUAAAAAUAGAGAUAAUACAUUUAUCAGAAAAAAAAUAUUGAUUAAUGAGAAUAAAGAUGUGAAAUUAGUGAAAUUAAAAAAUAAGAGUUGUACUUCAAUGAGACAAGUGAUUAUAGGGUUUUUUAAACAUUUUCUGUAUUUUACUUUGAAGGGACAGAUCAGAAGAUUUAGUAAAAUAACUAAAAACAGAUCAGCUGUCUUAAAAAGCGUGAUUUAAAAUAAACUGAGUAAAACAUGAAUUUAUUAUAAAGACGCUGAACUAUCAGACGGCCUGUGUGGUUGCUGAAAUCUCUGUUUGUCCUCAGCUUCAGAAUUUAACCUUAUGAGAUGAUCCAGAGUCAUCUUAGUCAGAUCAGACAGCCCUAACAUUUAGUUACUCUGGAUUUGGAUCUGGCUAUUUCACUUCUGGUUAGGUGCUAAACUGCAUUUUGUUGCAUUGUUCUGAACAAGUGUAAUGACAAUAAAGUCUAAUCUAAUCAAAUGUGGACCUUCAUACUGCUCUACAUGAAGAAAGGUAAAGAGUGACCCUGUCUUAAAAGCGUCACAGCAUUAAAAUAUAAGAAUAAGAGCUGAUGCUGCUCCACUGACAGAAUAAACUGUAAUGUAAGUGAGUGAGAGAGCGAGCGAGUGAGCUGUUAUUAUAUCAUCUAUUAUCACACGCACGCACACACACACUGUCCAUUUUAACUCUGUUUACAGGCAGCAGAACUUUUUCAUUCCGUUUGUUUGAUUUCUAUAACGACAUGUGCAGGAUUUCCUUCUUUGUCUGUGUGUGCAGUGUACACCUUUGUGACUGUGUGUGUGCACAUGUGUGUAUGGAGGCGUGCAUGAUGUUGCACCGGAGCUGUGUGUAUGUGUAUCUGUGUGUGAGUGAGUUAGUGAGAGAGAGAGAGAGGGCGACACGGCAUGGUUCAGCCCAGGAAUGUGAAACGUGGGUCGGCUGUACAAUAGAGCCGGGCUCCCUGAGGGUGGUCAAUGGGACGGGUGUCACCCCCCUGCAGCCCCCCUGCUGGGUGAUGACCACCACACAACGCUACAGCUGUCAGCUCCUCUUAACCACUGCUGCACAUGCAUACACACACACACACACACACACACACACACACACACACACACACACACACACACACACACACACACAUAUAUGCAUACAGGGUCAUCAUGCCGCAGCCUCGUGUUGUAACCUGAAGAAAUGUAUUUCCGCUUUAUAGUCCAAUUAAAAAAUGCUCAUUGCUAAUGUGAUAUGGAUAUGAUAUCAGCGUGACAUUAUACAGUAUACAAUAGUUGGUUAAUUCUUGAGUGCAGAGUUUGUACUUUUGGCUGUAAAAUGUUAUUUUACUGGAUUUAGAUCAGACUCACGUAAGUUGAAGAGCAGGCCUCCUUGUCACUUCACCAUCAAAAAAAAACAACAACAACAAUAACCACAUCCAUCCACAGCACUGAACUCUGACCUAAAAAAAAGAAAACUAUGGCAGACUCUAAGAAAGUGUGGUUAACACAGGUGCCAUCAUGUUCUUGCUGUGGUGGAGUCAGGAGAGUAACACCAGAGACAGUAGAACAACCAACUCAUCUUUACUACCAUAACAGACUGACUUAAACCAGACUGUUAACCAGAGACGGACCGACUUAUACGAGACAGACUGGUAAACUGGUGAGGUUGAUCAACUUUAUUAUAAAAGAAUUUAUAUCACUUGAUGUCUGUGCACAUGAGGCUGAUUUAAAACUCAAACAGAUUACAUCCACAGAGGCUGCAGGCAGAGAUAACGUACCUUAGCAUAAUAAUACCUGUUUUUUCCAAACACGUUAGUCUGACUGAAAUCACUUGAUCAACCUUCUUACAGCCAGACUAACAGGCCUGGUUAUGUGGUUACAGAUUGAUUUUCUUUUGCAUCAAACUGGACGGAGUGUUCAGAGCAUGCUCCAGAGUUUACACGCCAGGCUCUGAGCUGAAGGUUGAGCAGCGUAAAUACGGAGACAGCAGGAAGUGAACAUAACCCUGACAGAUUAGGAAAAGAGGUCAGAAAAGAUGACACACUGGCACUUUGAACAGCUAAAGAUACAGUGCUGUAAAGGUGGUGUGUUUUUUUUUCAUCUUGUUAGCAUCUUAGCUUACACACAUUGCUAACCGUUGUGCUAAAGGGCAACGGGUUGGAGUAAUGAGCUGAAAGGGGCAGAUUUGCACGUAAAUGUACUGAAUGUGUUUUUGUAAAAAUCCAUCAAAAACCAGUUUAUGCUGAGAAAGCCUUGUAAAUUUAAUUGUGACGGGUAUGGAAUAAUGAUUGAAACGUGUUGGUAUCAUUGUUGGUACGCAUUGGUGUCGUUAAAAGAAAAUGUUGGUAUCUGUGUUUUCUAUCAGCUGUCCGUCAAACUGUUCUCUGAUUUUUGGUUUCAGCUGUUAAAAAAACAAUCUUAGUCCACCACCGCAGUCAACAUGUUUAUUUCUGCUGUUCAGUUUAACAUGGGGCUCAAUGGGGACUGACUCACCGUAGGACUCAGCCUCUAGUGGACACGAGGGGGACUGCACUUCAGUGUUCGCUUCAUUUCUCAGACUGUGGAGUUUCUUCUCAGUGUUUAUGUGAAACUAAAACCUCUGCAGAGAUUCCAGUGUGUUCUCUGUUUCUGUCAACUCAUUGACCCCUCUCUCUCUCUCAUACACACACACACACACACACACACACACACACACACACACACACACACACACACACACACACGCACACACAUACGCACACAUGUUUACUCCUCUGCUCUCUUGCUUCUCAUGACAACACUCCAGCCCGGUUAACGUUAUGUCUGUCCAGCCUUGGAGUUGUUGCAUGUGAGGCGGAGAGGUCAGAGGUCAGGCAGGGUGAAUAAGGUGACACACGGACAUUAAGAUGAGCCCUGAGACACACUCUCUCUCACUCUCUUGCUCACAGAGGUCUGAUUUAUUCUUUGGUUGUGACUUUGAUUGUUUAUGUAGGUGGAUUUGUAAAGUUCAGGUUUGUCCCUUCUGAGUGUGUGGAGUAAACACCCCCCACCCCCUCAUCUUACCCUGAGGGCUGUGUGUGUUUCUCUGUUUUCCCAGGGAUUACAGGAGCCUCAUCCAGUUUCAUAACGAGUACAUACAUGAACAUACAUGUUCUUGCAUGAAAACGUAGAGCUGACUCCAUGCAGUGUGUUGUCAUCAUGAAGAAGGAUGACUGCUUUCACAUUUUCAUACAAACACUCACCGUCACAGUCCGAUCUAGUUCUGAAUAAUGCUCUCCUGUUGCUGUCGUAGAACGCUGACUUGUUGAUCGGCUCCCCCUAGUGAGGGCACCUGGAAUUGAUUCAACAUCAGUAUAUACAGUACUGUCAGCUCAGACCUGCUGGUUUUUAGGCAGCAGAAGUUUCUCUGUUUAUUCUUGGCUGAACUCAGAGACAUUUUACACAUUUCCUCUCAACAUCAAUAAAAUAUUAGAAGAAAAAUUGACUGAAGCUUCCUCCAACAUCCUUUUGAUUCUUCUUUUUCUCUGGUUCUAGGACAGUAAAGAUGCAGAGCAAUGUUUCUCACUCACCGCCAACCAUAGCUGUUGGGACCGGGUGA